UCUCAGGUCGAGGUGGAGGCAGUGAUGAAUGCGUGAGGGAUACACAACAGAUUUGCGCAAAUUUCGGUCACAGGCUAGAGCGACGGUGGGAAGCACCAAUCACGUGAAAAAACAACACCCAUGCCAUUGGAUAGAGCUACACUGGCUUCUUGGCUUUGAAUCCACAAAAUGCAGAAAGCUACUUACUACGAUAACUCUGGACUUUUUGGAGGCUACACUUACCCCAAACCAGACUCGUACAACUACGGCCCCACUCACCAAUCCUACCCCACGGCUAAUAUUGAGAAUGAUUAUCAGGGCACAGUUUGCCCCAUACAGACCUCUGCUGUCCGGCCACCAACUCUGAAAGACAAUGACCUCAAUGGAGACUGCAUGCGGCAAAGCAGCAGUCAAAGCAACAGCCAGGCAACGAGUAUUGGGGAGCAGCAAGCACCACCACUGUCCGCAUCCUCUCCCAACUCCAACAGCUCUGCUUCCCAGAAGAAAAAGUCCCCGUCCAACAGCGGGUCAAAUACUGCCACACCAGUCAUCACCAAGCAGAUCUUCCCCUGGAUGAAAGAGACCCGGCAGAAUGCCAAGCAGAAAAGCAACAACUGCACAACUGCAGGUGAGGUUAGUGAUGAAAAGAGCCCACCGGGACCUGCUUCUAAACGGGUCAGAACUGCUUACACCAGCGCACAACUUGUAGAGCUGGAGAAGGAGUUUCAUUUUAACCGGUACCUUUGUCGCCCGCGGAGAGUGGAAAUGGCAAAUCUAUUGAAUCUCACCGAGCGCCAAAUAAAGAUCUGGUUUCAAAACAGAAGGAUGAAAUACAAGAAGGACCAGAAGUCGAAGGGGAUCAUGCACUCUCCCCUGGGACAUUCCCCAGAUAGAAGCCCACCGCUGAGUGGCCCAAAUCACAUUGGAUACUCUGGUCAGCUCCCAAAUGUGAACAGCCUCACUUAUGAUGCGCCCUCGCCCCCGUCAUUCGCCAAACCCCAGCAAAACAUGUACGGCUUGGCGGCGUACACGGCACCCUUAGGUGGCUGCAUCCCGCAACAGAAAAGGUACCCGGGCUCCGAGUACGAACACCACAGCAUGCAAAGCAGUGGCAGCUUUGCCAACGCCAAUUUGCAAGGCAGCCCUGUUUAUGUGGGUGGAAAUUUUGUUGAUUCCAUGCCAGCCUCGGGCCCCAUGUUCAACCUCGGCCAUCUUCCCCAUCCCUCAUCCACCAGCGUGGACUACAGCUGUGCCGCUCAGAUCCCAGGAAACCACCAUCAUGGACCCUGUGAUCCCCAUCCCACAUACACAGACCUCACCUCUCACCAAGCGUCUCAGGGAAGGAUUCAGGAAGCGCCUAAACUUACGCAUUUGUAAUAUGUGGUUCCCGUGUGUGUGUGUGUGCCAAAAUUAUGUUGCGCUCUUUUUAU